GUAUAAAGGAUUUUUUGUGUGUUUCUCAAUUGAAUAAAAACUGUUCCUGUGUUUCUGAAUAAAAUUAAAACAGUUUUUGUUUUCCCCCUCGUCCAGGCGGCGGCGUUAAUACUUAUUCGUUUGCCUCCCACCACCAAUGAGGCAGAGAAGAAGAAUAUGACGAAAGUGCAGGAAGUGGUUAGCUAGCUAAGAAGAGUCAGUCAAGAAAACCGAUGUACUUUCAAAGCUAAGGUAAGCAUUAACACGCAUAUUGUCAAAUAUUCCAACCCCAUCGACUAAUACAUGAAUCAUGCAUAAAUGUGGUUGUUGCAGUGUUUAGUUUUGUUAGCUUUUUGAAAUGUAAUCUCAAGAUCUUCGUAGGGUUACAGUUCCGUGUCAGCAUCGUCGCUAACGUAACGAUGGCCAGCUAACUUGUGCCAUGACUGUGAUUAUGACUUGCUUUUGAACUUGUCUUCUCAUAUUUGAGCUUCUGAUAUUAAACAGCUAGCCACUUAUGUUACCACGAGGUCAGACGGGUUUUGUUUACAGAUGUUGACAUACUGUCUGAAAUAUUGCCUAUCCAUCUACUUUGCUUGAAAUGCAUGAGGAACUUAGAUUGCCCCGCCCAUAACGGACCUGACGAGCUAGCAGCUCGCUAGGUAAUUUAUAGCCCUAUAUAGGUAAAUUACUGUAGUUUCAGACUGUAUCCACCAUGUCAACUGGCUAACGCAAAGGCAUUGAAUUGAAGAUGUUAGCUUGGUGUUGUCUCCUUUGUGGCUUUUCCCUACCUGUGGUCCCCUGAGUCAUGUACAGUCAUUAUGAAGUUUCUCAUCUCGGGCUGAUCUCAGAACAGAGCUCAGGAGACAGUUGAGGCCAAGUGGAACUGAUGACACACAUUUCAAGAAGAAGGAAACAUUCAAUCGUCUGAGAGAGAAACAUAGCCCAGUGAUUUCCACAGAAGGCAUAUUGUUCUGUGUAAUAAAACCAUUUGUGAAGAAUUGUGGAGGGGUAAUGGUCAUUGCUCUCGCUCGUAUCUCAUUUUUCUCCACUUUUCUCUCCUCCUUGUGUAGAUGUCCUGCUUCGAGAGCGAGAAGAGCAGCCUGGAGAAUGAUGAAGCGUGUUGUGGUGGGGCGGCCGCGUCACAGCUGUCCAACUGUGCGCUGGCCAUGCUGGAGAAAGAGGGCAGCGACUCGGCGCUGAGCCCCACGGAGAGUACACCCACCAGCCUACAGGGCGGCGCCCCGCUGCAAGGCUACGACGUGGAGUUCGACCCUCCGCUGGAGAGCAAGUACGAGUGCCCCAUCUGCCUCAUGGCCCUGAGGGCGGCCGUGCAGACGCCGUGCGGUCAUCGCUUCUGCCGCAGCUGCAUCGAGAAGUCCAUCCGGUAAGCCUGACUGGUACCUGUACUUACAUGAUAAUGAUAUAUUUAAAUGUUAGUUGUCUAACUUGCUGAUCCUACUUUGGAAAAUACCCUCCAGGAUUUCAAAACAAUGUUUGCUUAGUCCUUUACCCCUGCACACACGGUUAUCUCUGCAUGUUUGUCAACAUUUCGGUUGUUUAGGACAAUGAGGACAGAGAACUGAACUAUGGGGCUUUUUACUCCCAGCUCCACAAAUGAGAGACGCAGGGGUUAAAGUUUAUUUAUUUCAUUAAUCAACAUCAAUAUUACAGCAGUGCAACAUCCAUGUAAAUGUGCCAGGGUUAGCCAAGAGCUAUCAGUCGCGGUGCCAGAUUUCCGUCAUAUGGAUGACGCAUGAUGUUUAUUUUCGCUUUAAAAACCCUCCAGGCCACAGUUGAACAUCUACAACUAGAUAGAACGUAUGUAGAAAUGACAAUGGACCUAUAUCUUCAUAUAAAUUGCCUUUUUCUGGCCCGCAAAUCGAUUUUGACAAACAAAUUGGUCAUAAAAAGAUCUGUGCAGUUUUCCCGCCGGUCAGAGAUCGACUCAAGUUUCACUGAAGAUUUUUGCUUUAACUCCUGGAGACGUCAUAGUCGUGUGCUUGUCAAUAUUAAACUCUCAAAUGAUUUUAUGUCUGCCACCAGAUAAGAUGGGCAAUGCAGGUGAUUGUAUAAUGCAGAACGUCUCUAUACAUCAUGUAGCUAUGCAGUUCAAUAGCCACAACAGCUGGGAUUAUCGAUGACUGUCAAUCAUUCUAGUGAUGUGGUGGGCAAUGAGGCUCUUGAGAUAUUGACUUACUGGGUAAAUGAUUGGCCAUAUUCUGGAGGAUUUGGAGGCCAUACUUCCCUCCAUCACUACCUCCACUUCCCCACCAUUAUAGUACCAAGUCAACAUGUUUAUUGCUGCACUGUUGUGAUGUUUCUAAUCUGUUGAUCCUUGGCGCUCGUUACUGAAUUUGCUGAAUGACGCGUAUUUCUAUGUCCCUUUUGACAAGAUGAUGAUGAUGACUACAUGUACAGAGUACAGUUUCUUCAAAUAGUCUGAAUAGUCCUCAAAGAAGAAUAAUGGUAGUAAGUGAUCUCAAAAAGGAGCCUUCUCAUUGGACAAGUUACGGUAGUAGGGCCUACCUCCAUUUUAAAAUAGUUUAACCUGUUGAUUAAUGAACGCAACCCUGGUCCCAAGAACCAUACUGAUCUCUCUAUUUUUUCUUUUUUCUUUUCUUUUCUUUUUUCUUUUUUUCUUCUCUUUUUUCUUUUUCUUUUCUUUUCUUUUCCCCCUAGUGAUACAGGGCAGAGGUGUCCAGUGGAUAACGAGGUACUACGGGAAGACCAGCUGUUCCCAGAUAACUUUGCCAAGCGGGAGAUACUCUCCCUAACGGUCCGCUGCACCAACGUAGGCUGCACUGACAAAAUGGAGCUUCGCCGCCUGGAUGUACGCAUCAUUCCCCACAGACAAUGGCUGACACCUUAGUUCACAUCAGUUCAACCGUGUUGCGAUGUUGAAACCAAAUGAUUAACUCACUCUACCAUCUCACCCUGCCAGGGCCAUGUUACGAAGUGUGAGUUUGCCACCGUGCCGUGCCCGCUGUGCCAGGACGCGGUGUGGAAGAGCAAGCUGGAGGAGCACCAAAGCCAACACUGCCAGCGGAGACCUGUGUCCUGUCCCGACUGUGUGGAGAGCUUUGUUUACGAGGACAGCAAGGUAAGCAUCACUAACUCAUUCAUGCUGAGUGCACUAUCCUGAAUAAGUAAAGAUUAAUUGGAUUUGUAUUUGUAUUUAUUAUGGAUCCCCAUUAGUUCCUGCCAAGGCAGCAGCUACUCUUCCUGGGGUCCAGCAACAUUAAGGCAGUUAUGCAUUUAAAAAACAUUACAAUACAUUCCUAACAGAUUUCACAACAUAUUAAGUGUGUGCCCUCAGGACGCUACUCUACUACCACAUAUCCAUAACACAAAAUCCAUGUGUACAUGUGUGUAUAGUGCAAAUGUUAGCGUGUGUUUGUAUGCAUGUGUCUAUGUUUGUGUUGCUUCACAGUCCCCACUGUUCCAUAAGGUGUAUUUUUAUUUGUUUUUUAAAUCAAAUUUUACUGCUUGCAUGUGUUACUUGAUGUGGAAUAGCGUUCCAUGUAGUCAUGGCUCUAUGUAGUACUGUGCGCCUCCCAUAGUCUGUUCUUGACUUGAGGACUGUGAAGAGACCUCUAGUGGCAUGUCUUGUGGGGUAUGCAUGGGUGUCCGAGCUGUGUGCCAGUAGUUCAAACAGACAGCUCGGUGCAUUCAACAUGUCAAUACCUCUCAUAAAUACAAGUAGUGAUGAAGUCAAUCUCUCCUCCACUUUGAGCCAGGAAGAUUGACAUGCAUAUUAUUAAUGUUAGCUCUCUGUGUACAUCCAAGGGCCAGCCGUGCUGCCCUGUUCUGAGCCAAUUGCAAUUUUCCUAAGUCCCUCUUUGUGGCACCUGACCACACGACUGAACAGUAGUCCAGGUGCGACAAAACUAGGGUCUGUAGGACCUGCCUUGUUGAUAGUGCUGUUAAGAAUGCAUAGCAGCGCUUUAUUAUGGACAGACUUCUCCCCAUCCUAGGUACUGUUGUAUCAAUAUGCUUUGACCAUGACAGUUUACAAUCCAGGGUUACUCCAAGCAAUUUAGUCUCCUCAACUUGCUCAAUUUCCACAUUAUUCAUUACAAGAUUUAGUUGAGGUUUAGGGUUUAGUAAAUUAUUUGUCCCAAAUACAAUGCUUUUAGAUUUUUAAAAAAUAUUUAGGACUAACUUAUUCCUUGCCACCCAUUCUGAAACUAACUGCAGCUCUUUGUUAAGUGUUGCAGUCAUUUCAGUCGCUGUAGUAGCUGACAUGUAUAGUGUUGAGUCAUCCGCAUACAUAGACACUCUGGCUUUACUCAAAGCCAGUGGCAUGUCGUUAGUAAAGAUUGAAAAAAGUAAGGGGCCUACACAGCUACCCUGGGGAAUUCCUGAUUCUACCUGGAUUGUGUUUGAGAGGCUUCCAUUAAAGAACACCCUCUGUGUUCUGCUAGACAGGUAACUCUUUAUCCACAAUAUAGCAGGGGGUGUAAAGCCAUAAAACAUACGUUUUUCCAGCAACAGACUAUGAUCGAUAAUGUCAAAAGCCGCACUGAAGUCUAACAAAACAUCCCCCACAAUCUUUUUAUCAUCAUUUAUCUCAGCCAAUCAUCAGUCAUUUGUGUCAGUGCUGUGCUUGUUGAAUGUCUUUCCCUGUAAGCGUGCUGAAAGUCUGUAAAAUAGCAUUUUAUCUGGUCAAACACAAUUCUUCCCAAAGGUUUACUAAGGGUGGGUAACAGGCUUUAUUGGUCGGCUAUUUGAGCCAGUUAAGGGGGCUUUACUAUUCUUAGGUAAGAGAAUACCUUUUGCUUCCCUCCAGGCCUGAGGGCACACACUUUCUAGUAGGCUUAAAUUGAAUAUAUGGCAAAUAGGAGUGGCAAUAUCGUCCGCUAUUAUCCUCAGUAAUUUUCCAUCCAAGUUGUCAGACCCCAGUGGCUUGUCAUUGUUGCACGACAAUAAUACUUUUUUCACCUCUUCCACACUUACUUUACGUAAUUCAAAAUUACAAUGUUUGUCUUUCAUAAUUUGAUCAGAUAUACUUGGCUGUGUAGUGUCAGCGUUUUGUUGCUGACAUGUCAUGCCUAAGUUUGCUAAUCUUGCCAAUUAAAUCAUCAUUAAAGUAGUGGGAAAUAUCAGUGUGUUUUGUGAUUAAUGAGCCAUCUGAUUCAAUGAAAGAUGGAGCUGAGUUUGCCUGUUUGCCCAACAUUUCAUUUAAGGUGCUCCAAAGCUUUUUACUAUCAUUUUUUGUCAUUUAUCUUUGUUUCAUAGUGUAGUUUCUUCUUUUUAUUCAGUUUAGUCACAUGAUUUCUCAAUUUGCAGUACGUUUGCCAAUCGGUUGAACAGCCAGACAUAUUUGCCAUCUCUUUUGCCUCAUCCCUCUCAACCAUACCAUUUUUCAAUUCCUCAUCAAUCCAUGGGGAUUUAACUGUUUUUACAGGUUUGAAUACCGGUUGCACCGCCUCAGUUAGCUUAGCUAGCAGCACUUUCAAAGAAAAUGUGUGUAAAGUGUCCAUGUUCUCAGUCAGAAACUGUAUUCAUUCUCCAUUUGAGCUCCCCUUUAAUGUUCACUGAAACAAGUAGAUAGACUGACUGUCAUUACUGAAGACUGUCAUGUGACAGCCUUUUGAACAUGUUUGUUUUUGUUGUGUCCUCAGCUUCAUGAGUCGCUGUGUCCCUUUGCCAACGUGGUUUGUCAGUACUGCGGUAUGGAGCUCAUCAGAGACCAGGUGGGUGUGGUGACCUGACGGCUGCCAUUUAGAUUUAGCUAAUGACCAAACCUGUGAUAUGAUGGUGGUGUAGAGCAGGAGUCCUGAUUACUAAACAUAUUAUGGUGGUGUAGAGCAGGAGUCCUGAUUACUAAACCUAUAAUGGUGGUGUAAAGCAGGAGUCCUGAUUACUAAACCUAUGAUAUGAUGGUGGUGUAAAGCAUUAGUCCUGAUUACUAAACCUAUAAUGGUGGUGUAAAGCAGGAUUCCUGAUUACUAAACCUAUGAUAUGAUGGUGGUGUAAAGCAGGAGUCCUGAUGACUAAACCUAUGAUAUGAUGGUGGUGUAAAGCAGGAGUCCUGAUUACUAAACCUAUGAUAUGAUGGUGGUGUAGAGCAGGAGUCCUGAUUACUAAACCUAUGAUAUGAUGGUGGUGUAAAGCAGGAGUCCUGAUGACUAAACCUAUGAUAUGAUGGUGGUGUAAAGCAGGAGUCCUGAUUACUAAAUCUAUGAUAUGAUGGUGGUGGUGUAGAGCAGGAGUCCUUAUUACUAAACCUAUGAUGAUGGUGGUGUAGAGCAGGAGUCCUGAUUACUAAAUCUAUGAUGGUGGUGGUGGUGUAGAGCAGGAGUCCUGAUUACUAAACCUAUGAGAUGAUGAUGAUGGUGGUGUAAAGCAUUAGUCCUGAUUACUAAACCUAUGAUGGUGGUGUAAAGCAAGAGUCUACAACGUGUGGCUCAUGGGCAAAUUUUGGUCUAAUUCACAACCGCUUGCGGCCUACACAAACCUAUGUUUAACGCAAUCGUUUGUGAAUGGUUGUGGACUGCAAAACUUUGCUGGGCGGCAAUGCCUACCUUUCCUCUGAAAAAGUAUCUCUUUGUAACAAGCUUCUACACAGGGCAAGCGAUGUAGGAUCUGACUUAGUGGUGGAGUAACUUUGGCCUGCUUUUGUUUCAGUUGGAGUCUCACUAUGACACAGAGUGUCCAAAGGCUCCGAUCGCCUGUACCUUCAGCACUUUUGGAUGUCGAGAGAUGGUAGGUCACUGAGGUUGAGUAAACUUCAACACUUUCUGAGUAAUUUACCUCCGAUGUUCUGUGACUACUUUGCCUUGUCCAAAACAAACCCCACAACCCAAGGCCGAGAUACCCAAUAUCCACUUUUCGUGGCCUCUGGCAGGACUAGGUAGAGUUUCCACGACAUUGUCUACUCCCAUUCAUCUGAUUCUUUCAGAUCUAACAAAAUAGGGUUUUUAGACCGGACAAGGCUACCAUUUCCAACUUUGGUUCAACACAGUGGCUCUUUAAAGUAUUUUAUGUGCUAUUUCAGAUGCAACGCAACGACUUGGCCCAGCACAUGCAGGAGUUCACUCAGAUGCACAUGCGCUGCAUGGCUGAGUACCUGCACAGCCACAGUCUUACCGGGUACACCCAGCCACCUUCUUCUGAGGACAGAGGGGCUGCCGCUGCGGAGCUGGGGGCACGCGUUGGCGCUAGCGGCGGUGGCGCCCCCUGCCAGUGCUGCGGGGAACUGCAGACCAUGCGGGAGACCACCCAGCAGCUGGAGGGCCGACUGGUGCGGCAGGACCACCAGCUACGUGAGCUGAGCGUUCAGGUGGAACAGAGAUACAAAUUAAUUAUUUCUCAUUGAUGACGUUGAAUUCACUUGUUUCGGUAAAUGCGUCUACAACUAAAGGACCAUUUGUUUUGUAUUGCCAUUAUCCCCCAGGCAGGCCUGGUGGCGGAGCUGCGUCGUAAGGUCACCUCGCUGGAGGAGAACCUAAAGGAGCUGGAGGCCAAGCAGUGCCAAGGCGUGUACGUGUGGCCCCUGGAGGGCUUCUCGGCCUACCUGCGCACCCAGGCUGCCGGACAGCCCGUUGUGGUGCACAGCCCAGGCUUCUACACGGGCCGGCCGGGCUACAAGCUGUGCCUGCGCCUCCACCUCCAAACGCCCUCGGCCCAACGCUGCUCCAACUACAUCUCGCUUUUUGUUCACACCAUGCAGGGUGAAUUUGAUGGGCAGCUGCCGUGGCCCUUCCAAGGCACCAUCCGGCUGGCCGUACUGGACCAGGGGCCUGAGGCCCAGCACCAUGUGGAGGUGAUGGAGACCAAGCCCGACCUGCAGGCCUUCCAGAGGCCCACCAUCCAGAGGAACCCCAAGGGCUUUGGCUACGUCACUUUUCUGCACUUGGUCCAGCUGCAGCAGCGGGGGUUUGUGCACGAUGACACGCUGCUGGUGCGCUGCGAGGUGACGCCGCGCUUCGACAGCGCCCUAAGGCGCGAGGGGGCGGCCAUGCAGCCCAGAGGGCCCGAGGCCUCGCUGUGAGGACCCUUUUAACGUUCAAGCGACGAGGUCAAUCGCCACCAACAUUAUCAGUUUGCCAUUUUCCUGAGUUCUUGUAUCGCACAGACUCAUUGCAUUGGGUUCAGUCAUGACGAACAUCAUGGGAAAGUGUACUGCUCUGUUGUGGGUUUCAUUUCCAACUCCAAAAGGCUUUUCUUUGCUGUAGUUUUUGAGAGUGAUGGACUGGAUGUUGGUGCAACAAGUCGAGAGCUUGGGACUAUAAGGUU